GGUCCUGGCGUGGGUCCUUAGACAACGUGGGAGACACGAAAAUGUGUUGUUUUGAAGCUGCGCGGAGUUUGUGACACCGGGACAUGUUCGUCAAAUGAUCUCAUAUGAAAUAAGCGCUGCCGGGGACUGGAGUGUGUUUUACCAUGAUGCCAGGGGACAGUCAGUCCAAGAUGCUGGCUAUCGCCGCGGACGCGACGGUCGGAGACUGUCAGAACUGCUCCGUGUUGUACCAGAGCCUGAACGAGUAUGUGUCGUCAUUUGUGGCACUGAAGCAGAAGAUCGCGGUUUCAGAUGAUUCAAUUAGGCUCCAACAACAGCUGGAAGAGCUGCAGAUCAGAUUGGUUACUCUGGAGAAAAAGACAGCAGACUAUGAAUCUGUGCAAGCAGAACUGGAAGAAAAUAAGGUUGCUCUGAAAGCCUAUGAACAGAUGUCUGAACAGAUGGAACAACUUAAGCAGGAAAACAGCAAGACAAUGGCUGAGAAAAAUAAACUUGAAGACCAGAUGAAGGAGGCGAAUGAAGUGACAGAAACACAGGCACUUGAAAAUGCACAACUGAAGAGGGAAAUGGCCGUCAUUGAGAAUGAGUUAUUGAAAGUACAGACGUCUUUGAAGAUAUCUCAGGCACAAGCAGACCAAGUUGAAAAACUGAUAGAGGAGAACACCAAGACAACAAGCAUAAAGGACAGCCUUGAAAAUAAAGUUGGACUGCUCGAAGACUCAAUUCGCAAACAGAAUCAUCAAAUAUUCCAACUGACUAAAGAGAAGAAUCUGCUAGAGGGAAAUGUUUACGAUCUCCAGAAGAGACUGCUGAAACUGGAACGAGAAAGGAGUAAAGAGUAUAGAAGCACAUCAACUCAAGCAAGUGUACCUGAGGAGCCUAAAGUUGAUAAAGAAAAGUUCCGAAUGCUGCUUGAGAAUUUGUGGGCAUGUGUAGAGCCGCAGCCACAGCCUUCUGCAAACCUGUUACACUUACCUGUUUCAGAGUCCAGUUCCAAGCAAGUUCCACCCCCCCCUCCACUAAACAGAUGCCGCUCUCUUCAGAGUAACACGUCUCACAAGAUCGGUGAAUCCAACGGUUACCCCAUGCAGACAGAUGCCACUUAUACACUGUUAAAACUCUCUCCUCCUGGACGGAAAGCCUACAAGCAUCAAGCACUUCUGCACCCAACAAGUCCAGAGAAGCGGACAGACACUCCCAAAAAGAAAAAGCGAUUGCCCAAGAAGCACAAAACUAAAGAGUCAUCUUUGGACACCUCAGAAGUAUCUUAUGAGGAGAUAAUGGCAUUGUUUAAACCACUGCCUCCCUGCUUAUCACCCCUUUCAGAUAUGGAGACAAACAUGGAUCCUAUGGAGACCGACGAUGGAGGACAGGAGAACCAUCCUAAACCCUCCAAUGACUCUGUUCCCCUUCAACAAGAGGAGUCCUUACUCAUCACAACACCAGUGUCAGACUACUGUCUGGAAUCUUCAGCUCUACCAACAGAGGAGGAUGUGGACUUGCCAGUGGUCACAACAGAGGAAGUGGAAAACAUUUCCAAAGACUUGGGACCAAAUGAGUUGAGUGGUGUUACUGAAAUGAAGGGCAAAAUCAGCACAGAUGGUGAAGAAGUGCAUCUUAAAAAAGAAAUGCAGACUGUGUGUUUAGUAUCAGCAGCAUCUUCUUCUAUAUCAGACGCAGCAGUGGUGUCAUUAAGUGAAGAGCCAUCCUGUAAUGUAAAUCCCAGUAGCAUCUGUGAAACUGAAAAUUCUAUGGAAAAGGCGAAGGACGAUCAUUCAGAGACGAUAACAAAGAUGGAUGUAGACACAAGCCCUAGUGCUGUUGUUGGUGCCAAAACGGUCACUCCUGAUGAUGAAGAAUCACUCGGAAGAAGUGAUACAACUGUCAUCUCUGAGGAAGCAGGAAAUAUACAGCUAGUUACUUCCUCUGUAACUUCCAAAACAUUUGUUGACUCUGUGAGAGACACAGAGGCUGCGAAUACAGAUGGUUCAGCAAUGGAUUCUUGUAGUUUGGAACAGGGCAGUCAAGAUACUGCAGUCUCAGAGCCUCAGGAGAAAGAAGGAUGUCUCGGCAAGGAUGCAGGCAUGCCAGGAGAUAUCCCCCGUUUGUUGAACAGCAGUGAUGGCAUCAGUACUGUCUCAAAUAAAAACGUUGACAAGAAACUUGAAAAUGAUGUAUCCACAAAACCUGUUGAGGAAAAUGGGAAUGAAACACAAGGAACUGGAGGAGUGCUGUUGAAAGUGGAAGUUAAAGAGUCCCAUGCUGACCAGGAAUCUGCUCAAGUGAACACUGAAAUUCCUUCGAAAAAGGAUGUUGAUGCAGAGACAGUAAACAGUGAAAUACUAGUAGACCACAGACCUCCUUCUGACAGGCAAGAAAGGAAGAACAUUGACUGUGAACCUUUAAAAGAAAAUACACAUUCUCUCUGCAGGGUGUUAAGUCCUUCUUGUCUGUUUCCCACUGUAAAAACGCACACUUUGGAAACUCAUCCAAGCACAGAAAAAUUGAAUGUUGAUGUUAACAUUGAGCACUUUUCAACAAACCAAAAACCUCUACAACCUGUGCCCUGUGUAGAGCAAGAAGAUGUUGUUAAGAAGGAUAUAGUCAAAGACAAAAGUAACCAUAAAGUGAGCAAAAACAAAUUGGACACCAUUAAUCCGACUGCUUCGUUGAAGCAGACUGUCGCUGCAACAUGUUUGGAAUCAAGUCCAAACGUUCAACCACCACAAUGCAUUGGCCAAGUUCGCUCUGAAAUGGGUCCUCCUCUUCCUCGUCUCCUAACCCCUCUGCUCACACCUCCAAAGGCAGGCAAAUCAAUCAAUCCAAGACAGGCUAUUGGGAAACUCUCAUUUCCCUCACCCAUGGAUAGACCAGCUUCGCCCACCACUCCCAUCCAGGCCCACUUGACACCCAACAGUCAGCAGAUGAGUUCAACUCUAAACAGUCCACUUCCUCCAAACGGAGUUCCCUCAUCACCACUUCAAUUUGGCUCUGCCACUCCAAAACAUGCCUUGCCGGUCCCAGGACGCCUGCCCCUGACGGCAAUGACUUCUUCCCCGUCGUCUUCCUCCAGUCCAUCUCAGGAAAACUCCAUGAGGAUUCUUGACACCAUGUACCCAGAGCUCUCAGCCCAUGCUCGAACUCUGAGCAUUCUCAGGGGGAAUGUCAGUCUCGGCAUUGGUUCAUCAGAGAGCGGAUUAUUACCUACGACAGCAGGUAGUCAGAUGUCUGGCUUUAAAACUAUUAACUCCACUUCAACGGCUUUCACCAAGACUGAGGUGAGAGGAGAAAAAAGACGCUCCAUCAGCAUGCUUCAACCUAAAACCAGCAAAUGUCUCCGGCUAGAUAACUGCUCUCCUACUGUCAGUCGCAAGCAGGUGCCUUCUUCCUCCUCCAGCAGUGGAGAGGAGACCACCUUACCCCAGACUCUGAGGCCUAAAAAUGAGACAACCUCUCCAACCACCGCAGAGCAAAAUCUAAUAGUCAACGCUUUUAAAAAAAUUGAAGACCAGUGUUUUGAUCUAUUAGUUGUGAUUCAGAGCCAUCUGCAUGUUGGUAACCUGCCCAAAAAGCCCGUCUUGAGAAGUGAGGAGAAGGAGGUCAUCACUGAGUUUUGCCAAGGCAGAUUGGAAGAUGAUAUGAUUCUUGCCAUCCUGAAAAAACUGAAAGCAGAGAAAGGAGACCUCAGCGGGAACUACCUCCAGGCCCUCUGCAGAGUCUACACGGGGCUUUGUAGACAGAAGAGGGACUGGGAGAAGGCUCACAUCCUGGCCUACAGCAUUCUCACAGAAGAUUUUCCAGAUGCUGCUAAGCUGAUUUUGUUCAUGGUGGCAACAUGGCCCAAUGUUCUCUCACAUACUAGUCCCCUGUGCCAGGCGAUACAUGCUGUCACCAAGCUGAAAGCAGAAGAAAACCUACACAAAGCCCUUUCAGCAUUCCUUGGUUGGGAAAAGAAUCCUCCCUGCGACGUUGAUGAGCUGAUCUCCAGAGCACUUUCUAAUAUUCGGUCAGGGUCGAGUCUGUCUUUUACUAAACACAGCCGGUACGGGGACGACCUGGGGAGUGAAGCUUGGGAACAAGUCUUCACGCUGAACCUCCUUUGUACGCACAAGAAGUGGAGGUGGACCUAUGAAAAUGUAUUGGGCCCGGAGUUGUGGCCAUUAAUGAACACUUGGGUGUUACAGCCCAGAGAUCAACAAGGACCCAUCUCUGAUGUCACUGUUGCCACUGUACUCCGACUUAUAGGACGCCUUGGUCAGCUGGGCAUCAAAGAGAGGUGUGUUUCCUCUGUGUUAAGUGUUGCCAGCGUCAUCAACGCAUUUGGAAAGCAUGGACAGACUGAAGGUGUGCCAUGGGCGGUCCAGUUAGCAGCCAUCUACUGCAUCUCAGAGCUGUCUCCCUGCAACCCCAAAACAGCCCUGGAUGCCCUCGCAGGAUGGAGAGGAGAAACGUCUCAGAGCGUCCCUCCUGCUGUUACCAGCUGCAUUUACCAGUUAGCCUCUGUCUGCAGACAGGUUAAGAGCUGAGAGAGACACACAUGCUUUACAAAUUCACGUGGUCAGUCUGUGCCUAUUAUUAUGAAUACAGGAUGACUGGAAAUCUCACCAUGUAAUGUUUUGUUCUCUUCCUAAUACACUUGGCUUAAAUUGAAAUGUAUUGUCAGUUGUAUUGACAGUUUCAGACAACACUUGUUUUUGUUUUUUUAUGUGCACUUCUACUUUAAAAUGAACAUGUCUGAAUGUGUAGCAAAUAUGAAUUUUUUUAACAGCCCAUACCCUGUAAUAAUAGCACUGGCUUAACUCCCAGCCUCCCUUCCUUUUUUGCUGUACUCAGGAAAUGCUCUAAAAGCUUGUAAAACAUGUACAUGUGUGUUCAUACUGUGGCUCAGCUGUAAAUAUGAGGUAUCUUGUU